AAGAAGAUGAAGCAGCCUCGGAGUUCCCAGAAGAUGGGGUUGAAGAAAGGACCUUGGACUCCAGAAGAAGACCAAAAACUCGUGUCUUACAUUCGACAGCACGGCGAUGGAAACUGGCGUGUCUUGCCUGCAAAAGCCGGGCUUCGAAGAUGUGGCAAAAGUUGCAGACUUCGGUGGAUUAACUACCUAAGACCAGAUAUCAAAAGAGGAAAGUUCAGUUUGCAGGAAGAGCAAACCAUCAUUCAACUUCAUGCCAUUCUUGGCAACAGGUGGUCGGUUAUCGCGUCUUAUUUGCCGAAAAGAACAGACAACGAGAUCAAGAACUACUGGAAUACACGGUUGAAGAAGAGAUUGUCCAACAUGGGGAUCGAUCCCUCCACUCACAAGCCCAAAACAGAUGCUUCCAGCACUAGUAACCCCAAGGAUACCUCUAAUCUUACCCACAUGACUCAAUGGGAACGUACACGGUUAGAAGCUGAAGCUAGAUUAGUACGAGAGUCCAGACAACGGCUCGCCUCCACUUCCUCCGCUCCUCCUCCACCACUGAUGAAUAAUAAAAAUGUUGGUGUUGCUCUUGCUCAUGUAACUAAGCCACCGUGCCUCGACGUACUCAGAGCAUGGCAACGCGUAGCCAGUGGAUUGUUCACUUUCAACACAAUCGACAACAACAACAACCUCCAAUCUCCGACCUCGACGUUGAACAUCGUCGAGAACACGUUGCCGGUUUCGUACUUCGGAUUCAAAAAUGACGGCUUUGUUGGGAACUCAAAUGAUGGGACUUGCGUGUAUUCAACGAUGGACUUGAAUGAAGUGUUGGGCUGCUCGCCGGAAAAUGCAUUGUGGGCGGAAAACGCCAUGGAAUUCGAAGGGUAUUCGGCGGAUACGUUAAUGGCCUGUAAUGCUGUUGAUCAUAAUCAGCAGAGUUUUGAUGUGGGGACAAUUUAUGCUGCUGGUUUCGAAGAAAACAAGAAUUACUGGAACACCAUCCCUGAUUUGGCGAAUGUUUCACUAUCUGGAUCAUUUGCUAUCUGA